CCGGUUCCCCGUUCCCGCCAAAAUAAUUCAACUUGGUUUAACAUCGAGCUUGCUUAGUAUUGAUUGAUAUCCACACCAAUCCACCACCACGUCAAGUCUUCCAUCCACACAUAAUCUGCAAAGUGCUGGGCAGCAAUAUUCAAGACAGCAGCCCUCCUCUCGCAAGAACACACAUCUAGAAAAGAUGUUAUUUCCCCAAGAACAAAAUGAAUCCAGAGACGGGAACAUCAAAUCGAAGCAGUCAUUUCCUUCUCCAAUCAGCAAUACUCCUAGUAUCAAGAUCGAGAAUCGUCAAUUAAAGCGAAAACGAUCACAAAACGAAGCUACAUCCCCUUCUAUUAUUCCUUUUGAGAAACGGCUACGGUCAUCGAUCUCACAACCUCACACGGAGGACACAGCCUGCGAGAAUACUGUGUUUGAUAUCUGCGAGAAGAAGAUCGACCCCCUUGAAUAUUGGACGAAAGAACUUCGCUGGCCAAACGAAUACUUUGAACCCGAGAAGAAUAUGAAUCAUCUGCUUGCGAAGAAGAAAUCUUCUUCAUCUCUUCGUAGCAAACAAUCAGAAGCAGGUUAUACUCCGCCUACAUCUAUUACAAAUACCGACCAAAAGCCAAGGGAAGUAAAAAGUGCUCCUUAUACACGCCCGAGCUAUACAACUGGUCUUGCGACAAAGGGCAGCUUUAUGAACAAGUCCGAUUUGAGCAUUACAGAUGCAAGCAAGGACCUCUGCCGAAUUCUACUGGAGACAGAGCAGAAAAUACCCGAAGACUCUUUAUUCCGUGAUGAGAUAUUUGAAAAAUCCUGCCGAAAGAUUCAGGAUAGGAAUGAAGCAAGAGUAGUUCAAGAUAUCGCCCGACUGAUCGUUCCUUCUGCGGAAACCUUGGCGACAUAUGGUGCCACACAUCUUGAAUCUUUGAUAGAAAGUGUUAAUGAAGGUUGGAAUAGCUCUAUACCUUUUUACGGUCCUCGCCCACAGCCUGAUUAUUCGGUUGGAUUCAGACGAUCUGCAUUUACAGAUGAUCAACUGGAAAAACUUGCACCUUUUGUUGGCGAAAUUACGGACACUUUUGCUUCAUAUUUCAUAGCUACUUGGCAGAUAUACCUUCCGUUUUUAACAUCAGAGGUGAAGUGUGGUGCUGCAGCUCUGGAUACUGCCGAUCGGCAAAAUGCUCACAGCAUGACAAUUGCAGUGAGAGGGACGGUCGAACUCUUUAGACUCGUAAAACGAGAAAAAGAGCUUCAUCGAGAGAUACUCGGUUUUUCCAUCUCGCAUGAUCAUCGAACUGUAAGGAUCUAUGGUCAUUAUCCUGUAAUCGAUGAGGGGAAAACCACUUUUUUUCGCCAUCCGAUUCAUACAUUCGACUUCACAGCAUUAGAUGGUAAAGAGAAAUGGACCGCAUACAAAUUCACCAAGAAUAUUUACGAUAUCUGGAUGCCGAUCCAUCUGAAGAGAAUUUGUUCCGUUAUCGAUGACAUACCCUCUGAUCUAAAUUUUGAGGUCUCGCAGCAAUCCGAGCCAGGGGAAUCUGGACUUUCACAAGGGUUAGGGAGUCCCAAUAGUCUUGAGCAAACAAGCUACGAUACCAUGUCUUUCAAGGAAGCCGACGACCAGUCAAGUCGUAUUACUUCAGAUACCUUGCCAUCUCUGGAACUUGAGGAGGGGGUACCCGAAAACCCAAAGAAAAGAGGUCGGCAAUAAAUUGCUUUGUUAGAAAAGAGUGUGUGGGAAUAUAAUGAUAGCUUUCAUAUUCCCUUUUCUUGAGAAGACGAGAGAUUUCGUAUUGAAAAAACACUAUUGUUUGUUACAGAUAAUCCUAGGAGACAACUAUGUUGAGGUCUUCACACGAUCUUCCUUCCCUUCCUAACAUGAAAGCUAUGCUGUAUUUGAGUAUCGGGGUUCAGGGUUAUGGUUUUUCCUAAUCCCAAGUGUUCCCUUAUUGUCAAAAUCUAUCUAGUACCAUCCAUCUCAAUGCCUCCCUUGGAUGAAGAAUGCAUUCUCACGACCCUUUAGAAAACAUGAAGAUAAAUGUAUCAAUAAAAUAAUUGUGAUUUUUCCCUCGAAAUACUUCAACCCUAUAUAAUUAUUUACUUCUUAAACAUUUUUUAAAAAAAUUGAAAACUCGGUAAAUCCAAAUCGAAAAGGAUCAAUUCCUUGAAAGACAUUCCCCUAAUUAUCCAUUACUUUGCAAUAGAUUUCUCCUUUC